AUGGUGUGGCCCAGGACAGAGGACCCCGUCGAAAAGUCCAAACUUCGAAACAGCUUCCUGGACAAGCUCCGCUUCCUGGACAACAAGACCAAAGCGGGGAAUACGCUGGAGGAGAAGAUGAAGUUCCUCUCGCCCAAGGAUUGGGAGGCCGUCCUUGACAAGAAUCGUGCUUUGGCUGCCGGUGUGGGCCUGUACGUCAGGCCUCAUCUUGAUCUGGAGGCAAUGCCCGAGCCUGCCGAAGAGCAGGCUUUGGUUGUGGUUGCAGAAUCCUCUUUUCCGCAGAAAGAAGCCCGCCCGGACCCGGUGGAAUAUGCUCGAACCGACAUAUUUUAUCUCCGAACGACGGGUGGCCAGAAGGGUGUCUUUCAAGUUCACAAAGUGCAACAGCAGGACGCCUCGGAGGGCUAUGUUCAUAUCUUCAGGGUCAACGAGGAGUGGCGGAUUACAAUUUCGGCCCACCUGCUGAGGCCAACGCAGUACAAAGGGAAGCAAACAGCUUGCAGUGUCCUGCAGAUUCGUGGCUGCAAGCCAGUUUUGCAGCAGGGUGCCUUACUUGUGUUGGAGACCAUCAUCUCCAGCUCAGCUCCGGCUGAUUUGGAGCUGAACCUGCUGCCGAAGAUACCAGCUUGCAAGAUCGUCUGCCAGGGCUCGGAAGUGGACCUGCAGAGCCUCGAAGCCUUUUUGGGUUUCAUGGAUUGGAUGCCAAGGUGGCAGAAGUCUGGUUUGCUCUCGCCCACGCAGAAGAAGCUUCAAGGAGGAGUGAGGCUGCCCCUCCUGGUCUUCUUUAUCCUGCGAGCCCCACUCAGCGACGAAGUUUCUGAGGCCAAGGGGGACAAGUUCGAGUCGGACGAGUCCAAAGACGUUUGCUCCAUUUGCUGUGCCAAGCCAUGGGACGGACGUGCCCUGAAGAAAGAGGUGAAGCUUCGGAACCUGAUGGCCUUGGACCGAUUCUUGAAUCGUUCCAGCGGCUUUGCCUCCAAAGCUGCCGAUCAAAGCUUGGUCGAAAUGGGACUCCAAGAACUCAGCCCGUCCCAUUACCACAGGCAGGUGAUGCACUUGUGUACUGGGGUUGCCGUUCCCUUGGCCAUGAAGCUUGUUUUGCCUGCUGCCAGAUUAUCGUGCGAUUUUGCAUUUCGUUUCUUUCGGCGAGCAGCAACGGUCCUCCACGAGGACCGAUGCAAUCAUACGCAAGCACAUAAGCAGAAUGUGAAUUCUUGGCUUCAGAUGCUUCAGGAGCUGAAGGAGCAGAGGUUCCGGUCCCUGAACCUCAUAUCCGAUGCCAGCCCGAAGGCUCGAAUGGACGUUUGGCUACCCCUCGUGACCGUGGACAGGACGAUGGCACCGUGGGUUUUGCAACGUCUCUCGGACUUGCUGCCUUCUACAGCCUCUACGGAAACGAAAAUGGAGGAGUGCCAAAGGCUUGCAGACCAGGCAGCACAGGCCGACAGCAAGCAGGCUACGGCACGCAAACUGCCGAAGACGAUAUCGAAGAUCAAGCAGCAACGAUUGUCUACGAGAGAGCAUCUGAAAGCUGUCAUCCAUUCGUUGGACCUGCUGGAGUGUGAGCUGCAACCCCCGAAGCAAACACUGGCCGGUGCACGGCCACAGGAUCACGUCGUCGUGGAGCAGUACGACAACAAGUGGUCUUUCCGUUGCAACACACAGUCUGGAGAGUCCGAGUGGCUCUGUGUGGACAAAAAACUUCUUCGUUUGGUUUUGCAAGGAGACCAAGGUGGCCCGCUUUACUCGGGCUACCAAUACCUCGCCGGGAAAGGUUUUGCUGUGUCCUUCAUCAGAGACGAGUCGUGCCUUGGAUUCGAGUAG